AGAAAGAUGAAGGUUUUUGUUUAAUAUCUUCUGUUAAUAUUUUUCAUUUACAAAGUGAACUCCUCUGUCUCCCAGCACUUCGUCGCCGGUACCUCCCGCCGCCCCCUCCUCGUCGGUUCGUCUUUCCCACUGGCGCUCUCUGUCGUUCACCGGCUCGACAAGAUAUCCUUCUACCUACUGUUCCACAGAAACAGCCCCUUAGUAGCGUGAGAGUGCAGCAGCCCAAGUUGCAGAUAUGGGGGAAGCCGUUAAAGAGGCAGGAGUGAUUGAGAACUUAAGGUCGGUGGUGUUCAAGGAAUCAGAGAGUUUAGAAGGCAGCUGUGCUAAAAUCCAGGGCUACGAUUUCAACAAUGGGAUUGAUUAUUCACAGAUUCUCAAAUCCCUAAUUUCCACCGGUUUCCAAGCUUCUAACCUCGGUGACGCAAUUGAAACCGUUAAUCAAAUGCUAGACUGGAGGCUUUCUCAUGAGAAAGUAACCGAAGAUUGCAGUGAGGAAGAGAGUAACCCAGCUUACAGAGAGUCUGUCAAGUGCAAAAUCUUUCUAGGCUUCACUUCAAACCUCAUUUCUUCUGGUGUUCGAGACAUUAUUCGCUAUCUAACUCAACAUCAUAUGGUUGAUGUGAUUGUGACAACAACCGGUGGCAUCGAGGAAGAUCUGAUAAAAUGUCUUGCAGACACAUACAGAGGUGAAUUUUCUCUACCUGGUGCUGCCUUACGCUCAAAAGGUCUUAAUCGUAUUGGCAACUUAUUGGUGCCAAAUGACAACUACUGUAAAUUUGAGGACUGGAUUAUCCCAAUAUUUGACCAAAUGCUUCAAGAACAAAAUACACAGCAUGUGUUAUGGACACCAUCAAAAGUAAUAUCGCGUUUGGGGAAGGAGAUUAAUAACGAGAGUUCUUAUCUAUAUUGGGCAUAUAAGAACGACAUUCCUGUGUUUUGCCCAGGCUUAACAGACGGGUCACUUGGGGACAUGUUAUAUUUCCAUUCAUUUCGCAAUCCGGGUCUUGUUAUUGAUGUAGUACAAGAUAUACGCGCGAUUAACAGUGAGGCUGUGCAUGCAAACCCUAGGAAAACAGGGAUGAUAAUUCUAGGAGGGGGGUUACCAAAACACCAUAUAUGCAAUGCAAAUAUGAUGAGAAAUGGUGCGGAUUAUGCUGUUUUCAUCAACACUGCUCAGGAGUUUGAUGGUAGUGAUUCUGGUGCUCGACCUGAUGAAGCUGUGUCAUGGGGGAAAAUACGGGGUUCUGCGAAAUCUGUCAAGGUGCAUUGUGAUGCAACUAUUGCGUUCCCUUUACUUGUUGCAGAAACGUUUGCUGGAAAGAGAGAGGGGGAGAUGAAAAAUGUUGAGUCGACUAAAGCUUUGGCUUGAAAAGGUUGUUGUUCAUGAGGUUGUCGGAGGACGUGCAAGAGAGCAAAGUUCUUAAAACGAAGGAUCUGAAAGUUGAGUCGGGGUCGUUUUGCAGGUUGUUGAUCGCUUGUAUUCUGUUGCGUAAGUCGGUAGCAACAUUCGUAUAAGUUGUUUUAAGGCUAUGGAGUCUUCUUUGUUCUUGGUGUAGCAUCGUUGUUAUGAUAAACUGUAUUUUGUUUUAUGGCUUGUUCUUUUUGGGUGUAAGCUGUGAUUCUGGCAUCCAUUUUGUUUGUUUGUUUCGGUGUGUGAUAUUUUUUUGUUGAUGCUGGUUGUUAUAUAGUGAGAUUUUUUGCUGAUACGUGUAGUCAACUCAAAUCACUCAUAAGUUAUGCUUUUUAC